AUGACAGAUUACUCCAUAAUAGAGUAUGUCGCAGCUAACAGUAUAUUAAGAUUGGCAAACAAAGUCUUUAGCACGUUUAUGUAUUAUGUAGAAUUGAUGGCACCAAACACUGCAAAGUUCGAUAAUUCUAAUGGAGUUUUUAGCGAACUACCACCGGGUUUUGUUAUCUCUAACGAUGGACUUCAUAUGAUGUUCGAUAAAGAAAUCGAAAAAUCAAAUAAUGACGACCGUACUUAUAAAAUAAUUCGGUUAACUAAUCAACUUGAAGUUUUAAUCAUUCAUGAUGCUAAAACUGAUAAAGCUGCCGCUUCUAUGGAUGUUAAUGUCGGCUCUUAUUCCGAUAUGGAGAAUCUUUUGGGUCUAGCUCAUUUUUGCGAACAUUUAUUGUUUAUGGGAACGAAAAAGUAUCCAAAAGAAAACGACUAUGGCGAGUUUUUAGAUAAACAUAAUGGAUCGAAUAAUGCGUACACAGAUAACGAAAAUACGAAUUAUCAUUUUGAAGUCGGUCACGAAUAUUUUGAGCCUGCAUUAGACAGGUUUGCACAAUUUUUUAUCAGUCCGUUAUUUAAUGCUGAUUGCACUGAUAGAGAAUUAAAGGCUGUGGAUUCUGAAUUUAAAGGAUAUCUUCAAAAUGAUGAUUGGAGAUUAUAUCAAUUACAGAAGAUACAUUCCAAUCCAAAUCAUCCUUGGUCAAAGUUUUCUGUAGGAAAUUUAGAAACAUUAAAGGAAUCACCUAUGAAAGAAGGUAUUGAUACUAGAGAAGAACUAAUUAAAUGGUAUGAGAAACAUUAUUCUGCUAAUCUAAUGAAAUUAUGUAUUUUGGGCAGUGAUUCAUUGGAUAAGUUAACUGAAUGGGUCGUUGAAAAGUUUUCUGACAUUCAAAAUAAAAAUAUCGAACCAUUUAAACCUGUUGAAUUUCCGCUAAGAAAAGAUGUAGAAUUAUGUAAAAUAAUUUUAGCCAAACCGGUCAUGGAUAUUCACACUUUAAAUAUUGAUAUUCCUAUACCGAACCAAAUAGAAAAUUAUAAAGCAAAGGCUGCAGUGUAUGUUGCCCAUCUAAUAGGUCAUGAAGGAGUUGGAUCAAUUUGUUCUUUAUUGAAAAAGAAGGGUUGGAUAACUCGCAUUGAUGUCGAAUCAAUGGAGUAUAGUGCUGAUUUUCAUUUAAUGACAAUAUGUAUUAAAUUAACUGAAGAUGGUUUAGAACAUUAUGAGGAUGUAGUGGAAAUCACAUUUCAAUAUGUGGAAAUGCUCAGAAGAGAGGGUCCACAGGAGUGGAUUUAUAAAGAAAUUCGAACUUUAAACGAUAUACAUUGGCGAUUUAUGGAAAAAUCUAGUGAAUCAUCUUAUACAUGCUCACUUUCGAAUAGAUUACACAAGCCAUAUACGCGUGAUAGAAUAUUGAGUAGUCCAUUUAAAGAUUACGAGUAUAAUCCAAAUUUAAUUGUUGAAUUACUCAACUGUUUAAGGAUCGAAAAUUGCAUUAUUGGUCUCGCAAGUAAAUUAUUAAAUGAUUUGGAUCAAAAAGAAAGAUGGUUUAAAAUUGAAUAUAAAUAUACGCCCGUUAAUGAAGAGUUAAUUAAAAAACUUAAAAAUCCAGUCAUUCCUUGCGAACUUAAACUUUGUCCUCCAAAUGAGUUUAUUCCUACCAACUUUGCCGUUAAUAAAUUAGAAAACAUAACGCCAAAAACACGUCCUGAUAUUAUUAGUGAUGGUGAUUUUCAUCGGGUCUGGUAUAAAAAGGACGAUAAAUGGUGGAUUCCUAAAGCGAAAAUUGAUUUGUAUUUUACAACCCCACUGAUUAACCUUACAUCAUCAAAUUUGGUUAAGACCGUUUUGUAUCUUUAUUUAUUUAAUGAUGCAUUUGUAGAAGAAGCCUAUGAUGCGUUACUUGCUGGAAUAGGUUAUUCGGCAUAUGUAACGAGUGAUGAUACUAUAUUUGUUAAUGUAUCAGGAUAUAAUGAUAAAACAUUAGAAUUGUUAGAGUUAGUUUUAAAGCGAAUGAAAGAUUUUGUGAUCAAGCCUGAAAGGUUUAAAGUAUUAAAAGAAAAAUUGAUGAGAAGGUAUAAUAAUACGAAAUUAUAUCAACCAUCAUCAUUAGCAGAAAUAUAUGAUCGUCAAUUAUUCAAAGAAAAUUAUUAUUCGGCAGAAGAACAAUCAGUCAUAUUAAAAGAUAUAAGUAUGGAAGAUGUACAAUCAUUUUUCCCUGAAUUGUUUAAACAACUUUUUAUUGAAUCUUUUGUAUUUGGUAACAUGGAAAAAGAUGAUGUAAAGGUGAUGAUAACUAUGGUUGAAAAUAUUUUUAAACCGAAAGUACUUGAGAAAUAUAGAUUAGUUAGAAGUAGAAAUAUCAGAUUACCUCAAGGCAAAAAAUAUGUCUGUCAAAGAGAUGUUUUUGAUAAAGAUGAAUUAAAUAAUGCUAUUGGAUAUUAUUUGCAAUGUGGUGAUAAUAAGGAUGUAUAUGUUGUGACUAGAUUACAAAUAAUUGCUCAAAUCUUGCAUGAACCGGUUUUUGAUCAUUUAAGAACCAAAGAACAAUUAGGUUAUUCUGUCUAUAGCUAUGCAAGAUUUUCAAUAGGAGAAAUCGGAUUAUUGAUUAAUUUACAAAGUGAAAGAGAUUCUAUCUAUUUGGAAAAUAGAAUUGAAGCGUUUUUAAUCAAUGCACAGAAAAUUAUUGAAGAAAUGACAGAGGAAGAGUAUCAAAAGCAAAAACAAUCUUUGAUUGAUCAGCUUUUGGAAAAAGAAAAGAAUAUGUGGGACGAAUCUUAUAAAUAUUCUAGUCAGAUUUUCUAUGGUUAUUGUGAUUUUUAUAAAAAUAUAAAUCAGGUUAAAGACAUCAAAACAAUUACUAAGGAUGAUGUCUUGGAAUUUUAUAAAAUUCAUAUUCAUCCAAAUAGAAUGUGUUUUGGACCUUCAGCAUUUCCUAUUGUACCUUUAAGCACUUUUUAUGAUGAAGAAAUGCUUUAA